AUUCAAUGUGGUGGAAACUGCUAGUCUUUGACUGUAUGUCUACAGUCAAAAGAUCUAUAUCUUUCUUGACAAGUGAAGAAAAUAACAAAUGAAAAACAACUCAAACUCUGAAAAUGUUUCCAUUGUAUGCAAUAAUAAUCUGUGGUUUAGUAGGAACCUCGAUUGUUUUGGGAAUUAUCUUGUUUUGCUCCAAAAGGUUGAAAUCCAAAAGAAUCGCUAAUCAAAACACUCUCUCUAUACCAAGCUUACUACGGAUGUGUGAAAACACCCCAAGAAACGAUCUUAGCCUCACAGUUCAUCAUACACAAGACUCGCUGCAAACUCUGAACACUAACCAGGCUAAGAAAGUUGAUGACCAUGGUCAUGUUGUUGAUAUCACUCUGCCUGUAGUACUACACAUGUUCGAUGUCGUAACAGAAGAUAAUCUUGGAGGACGGGUUGAUCAUCAUGAAAAACAGAGAUCACAAAAAGAAGUUCACGUAGGUGUAUCGGCUAUAGAGAGGUUUUUAGUUGAUAUGGGAAAUGAGAAACCAGUCAGGUUUACGUCUUCAGAGCUACAAGAUUUCACUUGGAAUUACAAGGUGAAGUUGGGUGCAGGUGGGUUUGGAGUUGUUUACAAAGGCGUAUUUCCGAGCGGAGUUGAAGUUGCUGUUAAGGUGCUAAAUGACAGUACUACAAGCGAAAGAAUAAAAGAGCAAUUCAUGGCAGAAGUGAGUACAAUCGGAAGAACUUACCACAAAAAUCUAGUUAGACUCUAUGGGUUUUGCUUUGAAUCCGCAACAAAAGCACUGGUUUACGAGUACAUGAAGAACGGAUCGCUUGACCGGAUUUUGUUCGACAAAAAACUACAAAAUAGUAGUAUAAAGUGGGAGAAACUGUAUGACAUAGCAAUCGGAACGGCCAAAGGAUUGGCAUAUUUACAUGAAGAUUGUCAGAAAAGGAUAAUUCACUACGAUAUAAAGCCUGGUAAUAUUCUAUUAGAUUCGAAAUUUAAUCCAAAAGUUGCUGAUUUUGGUUUGGCCAAGCUUUGUAACUGGGAUAGUUCUCAUGUUACCAUGACCGGAGGCCGAGGAACGCCAGGUUAUGCUGCACCGGAGCUGUGGAUGCCGUUUCCUAUAACUUAUAAGUGUGAUGUUUAUAGUUAUGGAAUGAUGCUGUUUGAGAUUGUCGGACGGAGAAGGAAUUUAGACCUGAGUUUACCUGAGAGCCGUCAAUGGUUUCCUAGACAGGUGUGGGAAAAGUUUGAAAUGGAAGAAUUGGAUGAGAUGAUAAACGGGUUCGACGGGAUCGAAAAAACGGAUCGUGAGAAGGUAAGAACAAUGAUUUUGGUAGCCUUUUGGUGUGUUCAGUACUUGCCCGAUGCCAGACCUUCGAUGAGUAGUGUGGUGAAGAUUUUACAGGGAGGCUCGGAAGUUAAGGUGCCGCCUAACCCCUUCUUGCACCUUGGGUUUUCAAGUGCGGCAUUAGCUCUGCGGGCCGAUGCAAAUAGAGAAGAGACGGGAGUCACUGCAAAUAUCACGUCGGCCGAAGCCAUCACUGGAAUAAUGUCGACCCCGACUGGUUACAAGAAAAAUACUGCAAUUGUGAGAGAAAGAGCUACUUCAUGACAACAACCUUUGCACUCCGAAGUUGCUGCAAAAUUGUUCAAGCUGCUUACAAAAUCAAAUAAAAAAAAAAAGUGAAAUGAAUGUAUUAUUAGAAUUGGCGAAGCAUGAAAUAUAUCGGAAUCGACGGAUCCCAUCGGAACUAAGACACAUCUCAGUUGUUGGGUAAUCCCCAAAUUCAACAA